UGGAGCGCGACUUCCGUCCGCGAGCCGGAAGUGGAGAGAGCGUCGGCGGGAGAGAGGUGGCCGCAGGGUGAGAUCCUUGAAAUCCCCCCGAGAGCCAUUUGCCGGGAAUGAGUAAAUGAAAACCUUGCUGUGCUGUGCUGGGCUCCAGGCGUGCAUGACUGAAGGCAUCAGUCCCUUCCCUGGCAGCAGGCCAGUGCUGGACACUCUCCCACCAUGUGAGCUGACACACCUGAACAGAGAAUAGCUCCCUGUUCCAAAGAAUGAGCACAUGCCAGUGGUGUACUCCUAGUGGUUCUGACACCAUUGAGUUCUUGAAGAGCUAUGCUUCUCAACGGUUGUCCCCAGAAGAUCUUGAAGGAUCCAAUGAUGAUCUGUGUUACUGCCUGGAGUGUGUGGUUGAAUACCACAAAGCAAGGGAAAAGUUGCCAAGGUUGCAUGAGGUCUUGUGGGAGUUGGAAACCUCCCGUCUUGUUGCUCAUAUUGAGAAAUCCAUGCGAGAAGACGCUGGAGAAGAUGAUGAAUUGUUUAUAGUGGAUAGGAAUGGAGAGACACAGCUGCCUGGUUAUGUGGGCCCAGAUUUUGAGAAUAACCUGAGAGUGCCCCUUCUAGAAAUACUGAAAUAUCCAUACCUGCUGCUGCAUGAGAAACUCAGUGAGCUGUGUGUAGAUGUGCUUUGUAGAAUGGAACAAAGUUGCAACUCCUUUCAGGUAUUUGAGAAAUAUCCAGGAAUUUAUCUCUUUUUAGUACACCCCAAUGAAGUGGUUCGUAGAUGGGCCAUCGUAACAGCAAGGAAUUUAGGGAAGGUUGACAGGGAUGAUUACUACGACUUAAAGGAAGUGCUAACUUGCUUGUUUAAAGUUAUCGAGUUGGGGCUUUUUGAGAGUCCAGAUAUUUACUGCUCUUCAAUGAUUGAAAAGGGUAAACUUAUCCUUUUGCCCUCUCAUUUAUAUGAUACUGCCAACCACAAGAACUAUUGGCUAGGGAUUUGUAUGUUGCUGUCAGUGCUGGAAGAACAAGCUAUGGAGUCUUUGUUGCUGGGCCUAGACAAACAAAAUGAUUUCAUGCAGUCUAUUCUACACACAAUGGAGAAAGAAGCAGCUGAUGAUUCUACUGACCCCUUCUGGCCAGCGCUGCGUUGUUUCAUGAUUAUUUUGGAGCAGCUCGGAUCUAAAGUAUGGGGUCAGCUUAUUGAUCCUGUCCAAGCCUUUCAAACCAUUAUCAACAAUGUGAGCUACAACAAUGAAAUAAAAAAUAUACGCAGUAGCUUUAAGAGGACAAAAUCUGAACCGGAGUCAGACUAUGGUGACGAUGACAUGGUUACUUGCAGUCAGAUGGUGUAUAAUUAUAACACUGAAAAGUCUCAAAAGGAUACUGGAUGGAAGACUGCCAUUUGUCCUGACUACUGCCCCAACAUGUAUGAAGAUAUGCAAACCCUUGCUAGUGUGCUUCAGUCUGAUAUUGGCAGAGAAACGCGUGUCCAUGACAGCACAUUUCUGUGGUUCAUCCCUUUUGUUCAGUCACUCAUGGAUCUUAAGGACUUGGGUGUAGCAUAUAUAGUAGAGGUCAUUCAUUACCUUUGCUUGGAAAUCAGAGAGAUUCUCAAUCAGAGAUUCCAGCAGUGUGACAAAAUCUCUGAAUUUUUCCUCCUGAUCUUGGUGUCUAUCAUUGAACUACACAGAAAUAAGAAGUGCCUGCAUUUGCUAUGGAUUAGCUCCCAAGAAUGGGUGGAAGCAGUGGUGAGAUGUGCUAAGCUUCCAGCUGUAGCAUUUACACGGUGCACUGAAAAAUCGUCUGGACACUAUGUGAGAGGUUCAGCAGCAGCAUCUUUACAAGCUUCUAAUUCUGUGCAGCAGGCCUGUGUGCAGCUGAUACGAAGCCUUCUUAGAGAAGGCUAUCAAAUUGGGCAGCAUGCUCUUUGUAAGCAAUACCUAGACAAACUGAACCUUUUUCUGCGAGGAAAUCUAUCUUUAGGUUGGCAGCUGAACAUCCAGGAAACCCAGGAAUUACAGUUGUGUUUAAGGCAAGUUGUAAGAAGUGCAAAGGACAGAGCGUUGCGUACCCCUCCACCUGCCAGAAACAAUGCAAACUCUCCAACUUUUCCUAGCAUUUCUAUAAAGCAAGAGAAGAGUGUAUGUGGUGAUGAAGGCAAGAUGAAUGUGCAUGGCAGAGAUGACCUUUGGUCACCGUUUGCUGGCAUAUCAGAAGAGGAUGGAGGUGAGGAUUGUCAAGAGAACCCUUCCCCUACAAGAAAGAGUGCCUGGGGAGAGGAAUGUAGAGAUGCAACUGAAAGUUCAAGACCUUGGAGAUCCACAAUAGGCCUCUUGAAUAUUAAAAAGGAACUUAAUGACACAGCUCAGGAAUAUGACCGCCCGCACAACUCUUCGGCAACAGAAUUGUAUGGCAAAGUUCAGGAAAAUAGGAACAAUGAUCUUGUGGCUGGGAAAUGUGAUACUGAUAAUCAGUGCUUUAAUCCAAAUGCCCAGCAUUCUGAUUUCAGAAGUGGAGGGUUGGAGAACAAAUGUGAAGCAGGACACGCAACACCAAUGCGUAUGGCUGCUCAAAGUCGUAUUGCUUCUCCAGAACAUGUUUAUAGCUUGGAUGAAAAGGAAAACAACAAGUCUUUCAGUUCGUCUUCAAAGUUUAAAGUAGAUGCACAUAUACUCACGAAUUUGAAAAACAAGCUACAGAAAAUUGGAUGGCCCUCAAAAGCAUUGCAGCCAGGGAAGCAGUGUGAUUUGAAAACCUCCGGUUUAGCAACAGGUGCUUCAAAACCAGAGGCAGAACAAUGCAAGUCUUGCACUGACUAUCUGUGCACAAGCAAAGGUUGUCAUAAACAUCAGGGAGAGAGUACUCUGGGUGAAAAUGAAAUCUCUGUUGAUGCUUCAUCUUCCAGGACUUGUGAAAGUACACAGGGGAGAAGCAUCAACAGUGCUUUUCAAUCUAGACUCAUCCCCACUAAACAGAUAUCAAAAGAAACACCUCUAGGUUGCUCCAGCUCCUCAAAUGAAGCUGGUGUGCAGGAAAAGGGAGAUUAUGGUGUUUUGGUUGCUGGGGUUAGUGACACCUUACUGAAGAAGGUAUCCACUGAAGAAAAAUCCAGUUCCUUGUUGAAGUCUGUGUUUAGGACAGAAACUGACAUGCAAACUUCAGACCAAGAACAGCUUGAUUUAGAUGACUUGGGUAAAUAUGACUGUAAAGGUCAAAUUUCAAGGACAUUUUAUUUGGAUAAAACUUCAGCAAGUGGUUGUGUUUCAUCUAGCUUAGAAAACAAGAGGGAUACAGGCAACCCUGCUGCUCAGAUCAGGCCACUGCCAGUGAAGUGUGAAUCAAGUGACAGGUUGUUCAAAUUCUCAGAAUAUUUCAAGAGAGAGAACAAUUCAGUGGGGAAAAAAGAAGAGGAUUUUGUGAAGGUUGUUUCUGAAGAUGAUACUUUAGCAGAUUCCCAGGUUGAUAGAGAGCUUGGUAAAUUAUCUUUAGCUGCGUAUGCCAAAAGUGUCAAUUUUCCCUUUGACUCAAGCCAAGAAAGCUCAGUACACCAUAACGUAUCUGAUAUUAAAAGGAAAGUGAAAGGUGCUGUAAGAUCUUCCAUUGAUGGCCAAGGUACCAAGUCUCCCUGUGAUGCAGAUUGUCCUGACAAUCAAGUCAUUAUAAUUUCAGACUCUUCUGAGGAAGAAAAUGGUGUGACUGACAAGGAGGAAAAAGACCAAAAGAAUGAAAACGCAUGUCCUGAAAAGCAGCCUUCAACUUCCAGCUGCAUUUCUGAUAGUGAUAUGAAAGCAGAGUCCAAGAUGCCGAGCUCUCCCUUGUCACUGGAGGAUGAUGGAGACUGUGGGUCUCAGUACUUCGAAUUUGAAACAGAAGGUGAUGUCUAUUCGGUUUGGCAAGAUACUCAAGCAUACUGUAUGGAGGCAACUCAAGAGUAUAAACAAGGUCAAGUUGCAACAUCAAUUGAUAGUAGUGAUCCAGAUGACUUACUGGACGAUCACACAAAUGAAUUGGGUUACGAUAUGGAUUACAUAAGUGAUGAUACCAUGGAAGAAGAAGCAAAUUUGAUAGAAAAGCAGGUAGGAAAUACUUCUCAUCAGAAAGAAGCUGAUAAUACAAAGGAAGUAACUAAGUCAAUGUUGCAAGAAUCCACUAGUAAGGGAAAUACGAAAGAUCAACUGGAGCAUUUUGCAGACAAAGGAACUGUUCCUGAAGACUUCACUCUGGACUCCAAAUUGACUGAAUCUAGAGCAUCUACAUCUAACAUCUCAUUAGCUUCAAAGUUGGCCCUCAAGAAAAAUAGCACGAGCCCACGGAAGACUACAGCUGAAUGUAAGGUAGCAAGAACUAUUCAAAGAAGUCCUAAAAAAUCUCCUUCUCUUAAAACGGUUCAAAAUAAAAAACUACUUCAAAGUACGUCAAAAAGUCCUCAGCUUGGCAGGUCAGUGCCUGCUGUGGUUCCUCCAAGGAAAGUUCGUCAGUCUCCUGUACCAGCAUCAACUGUAGAAAAACUUGGCCUGAAGAAGGCACCCCGCAAAGCAUUUGAAUUAUCCCAGCGCUCUUUAGAGAGCGUAGCUCUAUUGCGCAGCCAUGGUAAAGCUGCAGGGAGAGUUGGACUUGCGCAGAAACGGAAGAGUAAACUAAUUGCUCCUCAGAAUUUGUCUAUAAAAUAUAAUAAAAAAUUGCUAGCCUGCCAAGACCUUCAGUAUUUAAGGCAGACAAGACCCAAAACCAGUGUCAGAGCGAGAAAUUCGGCAGGAAGUUCUGAGAGUAGGAACAGAAAAGUUAACAAAGUGGAUGCGGCAUCUGAGAAACAAAAGCCUGAAAGUUUUGAACUGGCAUCGGUCGAAAGAUCUGUUGAAAACCAAAGAGGUAAAAGAAGUGAGGAGUCUGUUUGUGUCUCUGCUGGUAAGAGUAAAUUUGAAAGCCCCUCUGUGGAGGAGACGCGUGUCUCUGAAAUGCCUAGUUCUUCAGUCUUGAACAGAAAAUUGCAGGAUGACAGUAUGACGGUUCCUCAUGUACCUACGGAUUCAGGUCUCUCUUCUACUGCACUUGGAGGCGAUAAAGGUGAACCUUCAGGAAAAGGUCGCAUUGUCCAGCCUGAGUGUGAGAAUGCAACUUCAAAAGAAAGUGGGGGUAAGCCAGAUGAAAACAGUGAAGAUGAUGAUGAUCUGUUUUUAACUCAGUUAGAUCCUAUGGAUAUGGAAUUAUGCUCAGAGGAGGAAAGUGUUCAAGAUACUACUGUAGAUACAGUAAAACCAGAGGAAAUGGAUACUGCCAAAAGCCUUCAGCAGAAAGAAUCCUUGACUAUGGUGAAAUGUAAGUACAAAGACUGCAUGGAAAAAGUGGAAAAAACAGGAGACUACUGUAGUAAGCAUUCGGCUACCAGCUCAGAAGCAGAUCACGUGUUUGCCAAACCUCUCCUGCCGCUUUCUAAACCAAGAAAGCCUUCCACUACCAAAAUUUUCAGCUCAGCAAGUUCUUCGCGGAAUGCAGCCUUCAGCAGGGAUCUUGAAGAUGUUAAAAAGCUACCGCCAUCUUCAAAAACCAAACUGAAGGCAGCAAAACCUGUGCUGAUCAAGCCACCGAUUGCAAAGACUGUACCAAUAGGAAAUCAAACAUGCAAACCUCCAAGUUUCAGUAAUGUACUACAACCUCAUAAUUCUAAUAACGUUUUCCAGUCACAAAAUAGACAGAACAACAAUGCUUCAGAUAUUUCCAGGAGGCCUGCCCGAGAAACGUAUUCUUCCUUUCUUGGUGCGCAACAACGUGAUCAUAGUAUUUUUGUUAAUGAAGUCCUAAAGUGGACAUACGAAAUGUUUGCAAGUUCCAGCCAGUUUGGAUGUCCAGGUCAUCUCCUGCAGUCUGUAGUAGCCUCUGUCCCUGUCCAAUUUCAGGGAUACAAUGACUAUUUUAAUACAUUUUUCCCCUUGAUGAUGCUAAACGCCUUUGAAACACUGGCACAAGAUUGGAUAGAAAACCAGAGAGUGAGGCAGCAGAGUUACCACUUCUACUUACAGAAAUUCUAUGCUGACGUUGGAUACAAUACAGCAGAGUGCACAGCCAACUUUCGAGAAAGUGAUUUGGCAAGACAGCUUCAUCCAAAGGAGUUUGACUUAAUCUUUUUCGUGGUCCAAAAGAAAAAAGACACCUUUGGGGAAGAAAAUGAGAUGGAGAACAGUAUAGUGAGUCAAGUUGGUCUUGUGAAGCGAUUUUCUCGUGGAUCUGGCUCUUUAACCGGACAAAAUGAACAGCAUACCACCUGUUACCUUUCUCUGUAUACUAGAAGCAAUUUGUCAUUCUUCGUAAAUAAGCAAGUGAAGUGUGUGGUGGUUGGCUCCCUGGUGACCAUAAACCGAACAUUCAGAGGUCUGCUACUGUUGAGUAGGAGUCCCCUGCUUAAUCCCAUCAUAAAUCCAAGUUACAAUGACUUCUGUCCUAGAGAUUUGAUCAUAGCUUCAGGAAGUGCUGCAUCAGAUAUGAAUGAAUACAAUGAAGAUCAAAAGAGAGCAAUUGAGACAGCUUAUGCCAUGGUAAAACAACAUCCGGGCCUUCCCAAGAUUUGCCUCAUUCAUGGACCACCUGGAACAGGGAAAUCAAAAACUAUUGUUGGACUUCUGACUCGUGUUUUGAGCGAAAACACUAGGAAUGAGAAAGGAACUCAAAAAACAAAUUCCAAGAUCAAGCCAAACCGUUUUCUUGUUUGUGCACCAUCAAAUGCUGCUGUUGAUGAACUCAUGAAAAAGAUCAUCCUCGUAUUUAAGGGAAAAUGCCGGAACAGACAGGAGCCUUUGGGAAACUGUGGUGAUAUCAACUUAGUACGAAUGGGUGCUGAAAAAGCAAUCAACAGUGAAGUCCGAGGAUUUAGCCUGGAUAAACAAGUUGAACACAGAAUGAGACGAAUGCCAGCUGACUGUGACCAGGAUAUUCAGAAGAAAAAAGCAGCUCUGGAUCGACAGCUGGAUGAGCUGUCUCGCCAGCGUGCAAUGCACCGGUGUGAGAGGACGAAGAGUCAAAUGUUAACUGAUGAAAUUGGCAGACUUUCUAAGGAGAGACAACAGCUUGCUUCUCAACUAAAAGAGGUUCGGGGGCACUCUCAGAAAGUACAGGCAGAUAUCAUCUUGGAGUCCGACAUCAUCUGCUGCACGCUAAGUGCGAGUGGAGGAGUUCUGCUGGAAUCUGUUUUUGGGCGGCAAAGACUUGAUCCUUUCUGCUGUGUCAUUGUGGAUGAGGCAGGGCAGUCCUGUGAGGUUGAAACGCUGAUUCCACUGAUCCAUCGCUGUAAUAAACUUGUCCUUGUUGGAGAUCCCAGGCAGCUCCCUCCUACUGUAAAAUCCGUGGAAGCUCAGAAAUAUGGGUAUGAUCAGUCCUUGAUGGCGCGCCUGCACAGACACCUGGAGGAGCAAGUGCAGGAGAAUGUUUUACGGAGCCUGCCAGUUGUGCAGCUGACUGUGCAGUACAGGAUGCACCCUGACAUCUGCCUUUUCCCAUCCAAUUAUGUUUAUGGCAGGACUCUAAAGACUGACAAAGCAGUAGAAGAGAACAGAUGUUCUUCAGAGUGGCCAUUCCAGCCCUACCUUAUUUUUGAUGUAGGAGAUGGUUGUGAGGAGCGAGACAAUGACUCUUUCAGUAAUCCUCAGGAAGUGAAGCUCGUAAUGGAAUUAAUUAGGACAAUGAAAGAAAAAAGGAAGGAUCUGGGUCUUCGUCGCAUUGGAAUAAUUACUCCCUACAGUGCACAGAAAAAGAAAAUUCAACAACAACUGGACAGAGAGUUUCAGAAUAACAGCCCAGGAGAAGUGGACACAGUAGAUGCAUUCCAGGGACGGGAGAAAGACUGCAUCAUAGUGACGUGUGUUCGGGCAAACAGCACUAAAGGGUCAAUAGGGUUUCUGGCAAGUAUUCAGCGCUUGAAUGUUACAAUUACCCGAGCCAGAUUCAGCCUCUUCAUCCUUGGAAGACUGAAAACACUCAAGGAAAAUAAAGACUGGUAUGAGUUGAUCCAGGAUGCUCAUAAAAGAGGUGCGAUUAUCAGGACAUCAGAAAGAAGCUACAGGAAAGAUGCUGAUAAGAUUUUGAAGCUCAAGGCUGUGGUACAGCCUCCACCCAAACCAGAGGCAAAGAAAUCUUUGUUACCCACUGCUUCUUGCAGUAGCAAGAAAGGUGAGCUUGAAAAUCCAAGGGAGGCCAGCAGCCUGCGGGAACUCGCUCCUGGCUCUGGCCAUGCAGCACCUGAGGGAGGCCGAGGGCCCCAGCAGGUCCAGAGGGCUGCGGACUCCAGGAGAGGCAGCGUCUCCACACCUAGAGAGGCUGCAGCGCUAACCGAUCAAGAGAAACCACGUGAUCCAAGGCUGGCAAGUAUGGCUAGUAGAACUGAAACCAAGGGGAAGGAGCAGGCCUCCAAAGACAGCAGUCGGUCAACCCACAGCAAUCCAGGAUCAACAUCACAGCAAGGACUCAAUGUGUCCUCAGCUGCCAGGGACCAGCCGUCCAGAACAGAAACUUCUAAGAAGCCCCAGCAAACAGUGAGACAAUGCAAUAUGCCUUCCACAUCGCCUCAUGCAGCUCGGCGUGAGAGUGACUGGAGAGUUCCUGUAUCAAAAAGCAAUUCAGAAGCCCACAGUGAAGGAGGUCAAACUAAUACCAGUAAGCGAAACAAAGAAUAUGGUGUUGUAAUGAGGAGAGCAUCAGAGGAAUCUCCACAGAACACAGACUCAAACAGUGCCAAGAGAAGAAAGACUUCUCACUGACUUCAAUAUUGGCUGAUUACUGAAAAUCUAUUUCCAGAUUUCUUUCUAGCAAGGACUGUAUUUUAAACUGUUUAGCACAGCUGAAACUCCCUUCCAUUGAUAGCACUGCUAUCAGUAGAUCCCACCAUCUUCCCACCCUGUCCCUAACGUGAAGGGGACUUUAUACCUGACAGUUGAUAGAUUUGAGCUGUGGAAAAGGAAAGUUGGGUAGCUGCAUUGCUUGGAAGAGCAGUGAAUUCUGUCAUCUAGGAAGUUAAGCUUGUAAAUGUUUAAUGUGUAAUGUAUAUUUGUACAGUAUACAAAAUUAUUUUAAGAUUUAAUUUGGCAAAUGCAUAGAUUCUUGUUUCUUUGUGCAAACGGUGAUUUCUUAGGGAUGUCAUUUAUUUAUGAAGAAUCAGAGCAGAGAAAAAACCCACCAACGCUACACACACAAAAAAAAAAAAAGAAACCAAAAAAUCAAAAAAGCCAGACUUCUUUUUUUUCCUUUGCACUAGUAAGUCUAAUUUAUUUAAUAGCAAAGAGUGACUGUUGAAAAUGUGGUAGCAUUGAUUCUUCCUCAUGUUCUACUAGUGAUUUAGGAAAGACUGAAGGCAUGCAUACAUUGGUUGAAUGGAGACAAUUCUGCUUCUUUUGUACAUUUUACUGCCUGUUUUUAUAGGAACAGAAGAGCUUUUGUUUAUACAAAUGUGCCUUGAGUUUUGCUCUUGCUGCUGCUUCAUCAGUUGGAAUCCUAUUCUUGUUGCAGUGGCAACACAAACAGCAGAUGAAAGCCUACGAUGUCUGUUUGGUCCCAGUGAGUCCAUGUGACGAAUAAUCAACUGCACUGUGGCAUCUUGGUCAAAGAUCUAGUUAACACUUACUGGUAAUGAUGUUCGAGUUUCUUUGUAGAGAGCUUUUGGAGAUCUACAGAGAUAAAAGGCCAAACAGUUCAUUCUGCAUAUUACUACUGGAUUCUUUCCAUUGUGUUGAUGAGCAAUAUAUAUAACGAGUAAACCGGGAUAGCAGGAGAAGUGGAUUCUUUUUAAGAAACCUUCCUCUCAUCCUAACAUUUCACAAUAAAAGUCUAAUAAUUUCUACUAAAAAUGCCUUUGGGUCACUGUGAAGUAUCACUUUCUUCUUCUGGAGUACACGUCUGUCAUGAGGAG